AAGAUGUAUACGUAAGCACGUCGCUAUACGUAAUGGAGUUUGUGACAGUCCAGCGCGCCAAAUUGAUAUCACUAACACUGACAAAGCUGAACAUAGGAACUCGAGAAGGCCUGCACAAUAAAACCUCAAAAAUCUGCUUUCAAAGCAACCGGAACAUUUAGGAGCACAAACUCACCAACUUAAAUCUCUGUUAAACGUCGACCGGGAGGAGCGUCAGAAAGAUGGGAUUGCUCGAGCGGUGCCAGGAGCUCUUCAAGACCCAAAACCUGUACGAGGUGCUGGGUAUCAACAAAGACGCAGCCGAGGCAGACAUCCGGAGGAGCUACUACAAAGUGUCUCUCAAAGUCCACCCUGACAGGGCUCCUGAAGACCCGCAGGCCACGGAGAAAUUCCAGGUUAGCUCCUCUAGGUGGACGUAAACACAGAAGAAGCUGAAGCUAGCCUUAGCAGCUAGCUAAUAUAGCUAACAAAAGUAGAGACACGAGCAGUGUCCUGCUGACCCAGAGCCUUCAGGGUUAGAUCUUAGACUGACAGAGAGACUCUGUAACGUGUUGGUGCUCAUUAGGUGUGCUGUAUAUCCUUUUUGUAUUGCUAUACUGCAGUUUAGCUACAUCAUUUUUUGCAAGGUACAAAAUGAUCCCUUCCAAGUUACACCUGUUCCUAAAACUGUUUCAAUUACAAACUUAAAGGGAUAUUCCAGUGUAAAAUAAAGUUAGGGUCAAACACACCGUAACACCGAGUUAGACACCCCCUCGAGAGAUGAACGUUCCCGACAGCUUGCUUCUCUAGUUAUACCGGAGUACAGCGGGGUGACGCAGUUCAAGGAAGAGCAUUUAUGAUCAUUUCUUUAUAAUGUCCUUGAAGUAAUAAUCACCAUGUUAAUCAUUUUGCACUGCAGACGUGGUAGUUCUUCUACCUUAGCGUCUCAGUCUGAUUGCAUUUCAAUGAAGAAAUGAUCAUAAAUGUUCUUCCUUGAACUGUGCCACCCCGCUGUAGUCCUUAAUGGACUGGCCCAAGGUCUCUCUACAAACAAGGGGCUGCUGGAAGAGAGUAGGUGAGUUGUGUUUAGUCUCCUUGCUAAAGAAAUUCGGCAAAGUUUGGUGGCUAGUGCUAUGGCUGGGACCCUGUAUGUACUGUUGAUGAAGUUAGGAUCUGUUCUGAGCAUUAUUUGUGGCUAUAGAGUGGCGUUUUGGUUGAGGUUUGUUUAUGGCUCCUCAGACUGCUGUGUAUUGCUAUCGUGCGGUCGUUACUAAAGUUGGUAUAACUAGAGAAGCAAGCAGUCGGCAACAUUCAUCUCUCGAGGGGGUGUCUAACUCGGUGUUACGGUGUGUUUGACUCUAAAUUAAUUUUACACUGGAAUAUCUCUUUAGUCAGUUGUUGUUUUGUUUUUUUGCUGUUGUUUUUGCUUAUAGAGGUAAUAUAAGAAUCAUAGUUUAAAAACGGUUCAUUUUGGACCAGUGAAAGAUAAGAGUUCAUCAUGUGCAUUAUUGCUCAUAGUGUGCUAACACAACCGUUAUAGCAAAUGUACAACUGAUAAGCAAAAAUCUGAUGUUAGUCACAUUUUGAGGAUAUCCAACCACAUCCUCACAGCCUGAGGUUGAUCAUUUAUGUAUACAGUGAACGCAUACAAUAUUUCUCAGUCAUAUAUGUGUAGAAUUUUGUCUUACAUUAUAUUUUUGCUUCUCUUUUACUUUGUAAACAUUUUAUUAUUUAACAAAAUACAAACAUUAAGGCCCAUUGGUGAUACUUGAAGUAUAAAGUGUUAAACCAGCUUUUUAGAUUAACAAAACAACAUGGAAAAAAGAAAAGAGAAUGUGAGGGUCUUAUCCAUCCAUUGAAGUGGGGCUUCAUCUUGGGGUAUUUACAUCUGUGAAUGAAAUAUUUUCCGAGUGUAACUAAAAUGUUCACCAUGAAGUCCAAGUUAUUAUUAUUAUUAUUAUUAUUUGUUUCUAGGUGCUGGGAAAGUUGUAUGCGGUGCUCAGCGAUAAGGAGCAGAGAGCUGUAUAUGAUGAGCAGGGGGUGGUGGAUGAAGAGUCUGACGUCUUGAGUCAAGAUCGCUGUUGGGAAGACUACUGGAGACUGCUCUUCCCUAAGGUAUUGGAGGACGGCAGGUGUUCCCUGUUAUUUCAUUACCAUGACUCAAAAAUGAGUCACUGAUACUUACAUGAACUACAUACAAAAGAAAGUGGCAUAAAGAGUGAGUCACCUCUAUUCCAGGAAUUGUAAUUAGGAUCAUUUAACAUUUUGUGCAAGGCUAUUGUGCCACUGGAUCUAUAGAUUAAGGAUUGAAAUAUAAAAGCAGUAACCUCAGAUUUAAAUGCAAGUAUAUGCUAUGCAAGGCUUAAUUUUUUAUUCUGUUUUUGAAAAUGUUAACACACUACUUUUUAGAUCACAGUGCAGGACAUCCUUGAGUUUGAGAAGAAAUAUAAGGGCACUGAUGAGGAGCGUCAGGAUGUGAUCCAGCUGUACAUGCAGCACCAGGGAGACAUGGACUCCAUCAUGGCUUCAGCCCUCUGCUGCUCUCAGGAAGAUGAGCCCAGGUUCCGCGACAUCAUCCAGGCAGCCAUCGACAGUGAAGAAGUCACAGCAUUCCCUGCAUUUACUCAGGAGACCGAAAAGAAGAAGAGAGCUCGUAGAAAGAGGGUGAGAAAUGUGUUAAAAUUGUCUAUUUAUCUUUAAAUCUACACUGACAGGAGUAAUUUCUCUAACAUUCUCCACGGUUGGCCUCCCAGGCUGAUAGAGAGCGGAAAGAAGCUGAAGAAAUGCAGAAAGAGAUGGGGCUUGGUGAUGAAGAUGACAGUCUUGUCAUGAUGCUUAAGGUAACAAAAGCAUUCACAGUUUUGCAGAUGUUUCAGAGAAGUAUUUUCUUGACUGUUUUUAACUGAACCUUUUUUUAUUUUAUUUUUCAGCAAAGACAACAGUCAAGAGAGAAGAAUUUUAACAGUUUCCUGUCUGAUCUCGAGGCAAAAUACUCAAAAAAAAGUGAGAAACCCCAGAAAGGGAAGAGAAGUAAGAAGUGAAUAAUAUACAGCACAGGCUCUGGAUAUAAUGGUCCAAAUGUAGAUAAAUCUUUAAUUGUUCAACCACCUUUCAAAAUGAAUAAGCUUGUUAAUUGCUGUUUCUCAUAUGGUGUAACCAGAACAGCUUUAUGUGCGCUUAGAUUUAAUAGUUGUAAAUGCAUAUUUUAUUCCUUGUCUUGAUGAACUCAAAUAAACUCAUCUUCAUGUUUUGUUUGUAAAAUUA